CUCAGUCAUAUUGCAUUGCGCGCCAUCCACGAACUCCUCUCGAAGGGUCUUGUCACUGGUUUUGAGCUCAUACCUUCUGACAAACCCAAGGUUUGUGAGGUCUGCAUUCAUGCGAAGUCUACACGGCAGCCUGUCCCAUGUGUGCGUGAGGGUGAGUGUGCUGCUACAUUUGGUGACAAAGUUCACUCUGACCUGUGGGGCCCUUCCCGUGUCACUACCCUGGGUGGUCAACAAUAUUACAUCAGCUUCACAGACAAU